GCGGAUCCAUAUUUGAAGAAGGCUCCUUUUUGGGGUUGCAGACAUCGUCUUUUGUUUGUUCCCUUUUGAUCGUUUUGGGUGGGUGGGGAGUGAACAAGAAAGAUUGCAGGCAAUGGCUACUUCUGUUGUUGGCGUGAUCGGGAAGACCGGUUCCCAGUGGGUUCGGGUCGGAGGCCGGAAGAUGAAGAACGGAGCCGAUAGGAAUCGAGGGGUCAAAGUUUCUUGCUCUCAUUCUUCUUCCUCCUCGUCGGUGCUGGAUCCGUACCAGACCCUGAGGAUUCAACCCGGCGCUUCCGAAUCCGAGGUCAAGAAGGCCUUCAGGCAGCUCGCUCUCCAGUAUCAUCCGGACGUUUGCAGAGGGAGCAAUUGCGGGGUGCAGUUUCAUCGGAUAAAUGAAGCGUACGAUGUUGUGAUGAGCAGUUUGAGGGGCGAAUCAAGUGAGCAAGCGAUGUAUGAAUCAUCAUCAUGUGCAUAUGAACACGGAGGUGAUGAGGAGUUCAGAGGGAUGAACGAUCCUGAGUGGGACAUGUGGGAAGAGUGGAUGGGAUGGGAGGGUGCUGGAAUCCGUGAUUACACCUCUCACAUCAAUCCCUACGUCUGAAAAUUAUUUGCAUCUUUCUUGUGUUUUGUUUUUUAUAAAUCAUGAAUGGCGGCCCGCAUUUCGCCCCCCCAAAAAAAGAUGGGGUCUUCUUGUGUAUGUAAGUGGAAGAUGGGUGAUGGGGUCAUUGUUCUUUGUAUAUAUUAUGCAAUCUCCAGUGGAAGAAGUCCCCAAAGUUAAAAUGAUUUGGGGGGUAUCUUGUAUCGAA